AUGUCUGACGUUGAAGAUAAUGCCUUCAAUGAAGGUGCUGAACACUACGACGAUUUCGAUGCGCCCGAUCAUUUCUCCGAUGACGACAUGGUGAAUGAUGACCCCGCCCAAGCCGGUGGUGAUGACGUUACGGUGGAUGGUAAGGCUAUCAUCAACGGUGGCACUGGCCCCGAGGAUGCCCAAAUGCACCGCAUGAAAACGGCGAAAGAACUCGCAAUUCCUAAGGAGGCUCGCACCACAACGCCUUACAUGACGAAGUAUGAGCGAGCAAGAAUUCUUGGGACUCGGGCAUUGCAAAUCUCGUUGAACGCCCCAGUUCUUGUCGACAUUGAAGGUGAAACUGACCCUUUGCAGAUUGCUAUGAAAGAAUUGGCGCAAAAGAAGAUUCCUUUAGUGAUUCGUCGGUAUUUGCCCGAUGGAUCAUUCGAGGAUUGGGGUUGUGAUGAGUUAAUCAUUGAUAAUUAA